AUGAAUGGAGCUAUUUAUCUGGCGAAGCGAGUUUGCGACUGGGGCAAAUACAAUGGCUACCUAACUACAAAGAGACUGGUACUCGAUUGGAGUGCACAUCCUGAACAGCCGGGCGUCAAUUUCCUUGAUAACUUCACGAAUCACAUAAAGGCAGAUAAGACCCUAGAAAGGAAUUCGCAAAUCGUUGCUCGCGAUCGAAGUUUUGAAACACUUCACAGCGUUCACCCGCUUCCACAGCGCAUUCAUUGCUCGUUCUUGCGUAUAAAAGUUCGCAUUGGCACCGAGUAUUGUAUCCACAACACAUCGCUACCUCAAAUCAUAUAUCAAUCUUCUACACCAAUCAAUAUCGACACUACAAAACAGCACACAAACUACGAAUACACUCAAACAACUCCAACCACUAAUAUGUACGGACGAGGAAACCCUUACGGAAGCGGCAGGCGAGGCCGCGGUCGGAGCGGCCGCGAUGGCAGGCAAGAUCCGCCGGGCAUGAUGCCCGGAUAUCCGGGUAUGGUUGACGAUGAGAGCGACUUCGGCGGGUCCGAUGAUAUGGGACCACCUAUGGGUGGGCCGGGUAUGAUGCACCCUGGCAUGGGCCGUGGCGGUAUGCAUCCUGGUAUGAUGGGUGGUCGUGAUGGCAUGCACCCCGGCAUGAUGGAAGGUCGAGGUGGCGGUAUAAAUCCUAGCAUGGGAGGGCUAUGCGAGGAUCAUCGCAACAUGAUGGAUAUGUUGGCCAUGGCCGCAGCUUUGAGAGAAAUGGGAGGCGGCGAUUUCUCGGAUGACGAGGAUGACUAUCCUCCCAUGCGCGGGCCACGAGGAUUCCCGGGACGCCGCGGUAGGAUGGGAGGAGGCCGAAGAGGCCGAGGAGGUAUGAGUGGUUUUGAAGGACCUCAUGGAGGCGGAUGGUGA